AUGCCCUCCAGACAUCCUGAAACAUCCCACCUCAUGCCGCCGCCUCCAUUCGGCGUGUCAGGAACUUCGGGUCGCCGCUCACGCGCCUCUUCUCGCGCCAAUGCCUAUCCUGAGACUUCUUCAGCACCUCCAGUGGCUCCAUCGCUUGCGAAACCUCAGUUCCUGCUGAAUGAGAUCUUGAAGCCCAUGACCGGCCGUGAUGUAGUGGCGUUGAUCUUCAUCUUGUUGAUGUUACCCCAAGGAGUAUCGUGUCUCGUGCUCACCGGAUACAUUUUGCUGGGCUCCUUCAAGUCGUUGGCUGGAAAAGUGGUAGCAAAGUACUUGGUUCUGUCCACCGACGACGUGGACUAUGAUGUGGAAGCCACAUCAGUGUCUAAAUACAGAUACUACCGCUCGGAGUUGUUGGGUGAUGUCCUUCAACUUUUCUCCAUCAACUCGUUCAUUUUGCUCGUGUGCCAUUCCACCUUGCCUCACUCAUGGUUACAGUAUUUGAUUGUGUUGGCCAAGUCGAUUGUCGCAAGCCGCUUGGUGGGAUCAUACACAACAGGAUCCACCACCUAUGUCAGUGUGGUGGCCGCCAACCCAAUGUCGUCGUCCUCGUCGUCCGCAUCAUCUACUACCACUACCACAACCUCCACCAUGACCACCACUACAUCCCAGCAACAACAGAACUCCAAAAACGAUAUCAAGUACUCCACAAGCAACUUCUACAAUUCGCUUGUGGGAUUCAUGUGGGUUACGGCCCUUAACUCUUUUGUUCUGGAUUGGGUGUUGCGUCUCAACUUCCCUCUAUUAUUGAGUGAUACCAUGCGCUUUUACCGCAACUUGGCCCUCAAAGGCAAUCCAGACGUGACAGCAAUGAAAACCCUCUUCACCAAGUCUCCAUUUUUCAUCUCGUUUAACUACUUGUCGUCCAAAAAGGGCUCGUAUCUCAUCGACAACAGAAAGCUUUUCGGCAAGUCCAACUUGUUUGGAAAGUUGAUCAUCCAUGUUUCCAUCAAUUACUUGAAUCUCGGCAACAAGUCUAUCCAGACCUUGUCUUUCAUUUUGCGUGAAUUCUCUGUUGUUGUAAACUACGCAUACUUGGUCCUUUGCAUCCAUGUCAUCAGUCUCACCAUAUCUCCAUUUUUGCAACGUAUUUUCAUCUUCAAGGAUUUCUCGAAGACCUUGGAUCAUUUGCUGUCGUUGACUCCUGAUGUUCCAUACAGUGGAUUCAAGAAAAGUGGUUUGAUCACAAAUCUCUCCAGAGAAACUGCUCAGGAUUCCGUGGUUGUAAUUAACGUUGACCUGCUGCAGCUGCAACUUGCUCUUCAGACAGCCCCUCAUAAGUUAGAAGUGGAGCUGAGCAUCGCAAAAAGCAAGUUCAAGCCGAACUCACUCUCCAAUGCAAAUGCUGUUCCGUCGAGCAACUUCAAGAAUUUCUCCUUGGUUCCAUCCACAAAUAAGUGCACAGCUUUCGGUGGCAGAAGCAACCAAACCAGAACCAUAGUGGAUCGCAAGAGAUCUAACAGUAACGCAACGCCUUCCACAACCAUCAUGGACAAAUACUUUACCAUUUCCAUUCAACCAAUCUGGUCUUGGUUGGCAGCCAUCAAGGUUUUGGCGGUCGCACCAUCUUUGUUCUGUGGGGCUCCUACCACAUUGAAGAACAACGGCUCAAAGUUCUUCACAGAAGCUGUGGAGCCACGGCUUCCUUUGGCAGUGGCACACAUUGGAGAAUCCAAAGUCGUUUUCGAGAUUCUCAACCGCACGUACUUCGAUGUAAUCUACCAAGAUGGAUUCUCUGUGAGAGUCAAUGAUACCACUUGGCUUUAUGUCAGUUUGUUGGUGGGCCAGCAAACUACUGAAAACGAAGAGAAAGUCUACAUUUGUGUCCAAGGUUUGGCACCUAUGUAUCAAUACGAAAUCGAUUUCUACGCCCAGAGCCUGUUAGUUGGCCACCAUGUGAUUAACACUACAUCGUCCACCGUGGAACCUCCCUUCAUUAACCAGUCGCUUGCAAUCUCGCCUAUUGAGUCACUUCAGAACAGCUUAAAGUUCACUAUCGAGAGCUUCAACAACAUGAAAUUAUGUCUUAAACGAGCCAAGAAGGAUGAAAACAAACGGGUUUCAGACUUGAAGAAACAAAUCGAUAUGUUGCGUACCAAGAUUGACAAGGUCGGAAGCAAACAUAAUAUCGAAGGAAAAAUCAGCAGCAAGUUGAGAGGAUUACAGAACUCAGUCACUCAAUUGGAGCACGAAAUUACUGAUUUGCGCCAGCAGAUUUCGAAUGUUGACCUGGACAACGGGAAUGUUGAAGAGGAUUCAAGGACUGAGGAAAAGCAAUUGAAGAAAGAAAUUGCACAAUUGGAAGAGUAUAUUUCUCAGUUUGAAGUUAGCACGGCCAAGCUUAGAAGCAACCUCAAGGGAGCCUUAGGAGACAAAGAAAGUACGGAAGCCAAACGAAAGAAGUUGAUGGAUAAAUUGGAGCGCAGAGGUGACGAGAUCGGAAAGCUCAACAGUGAGGUCAGAGCCAUGAAGAAAUUGUUGAUUGGGAAGUUCCAGAAACGGCAAAGACGCAUCAACGACCGGUUCGAUGUGAUCCUACCCAAGGUUGAGGAGGCUACAGAAAGUCUCAGUCACGAGCUCGCCAGCUACGAUGCAUAG